AUGGCCGACGCCGAGAGGGGCACUACGGUCAUUGGAGAUGAAAAGGUCAUUUCAGAUCAUAAAGAGGGUAUGAUGAGGGAUGUCGCCCAUGAUGCCGCAGAGAGAGGCCACCUCGCGACAGAUGAAUAUGGCCAGCCACUGUUCCAAUUUGAUAAGGCCGCCGAGUCACGGUUGCGACUCAAGAUCGAUUUAUACAUCGUUCCGACUGUCGCGCUCAUGUAUCUCUUUUGCUUCAUCGAUCGUGCCAAUGUUGUUCAAACACUAAUCCGUUUCAUGUCCGAAAUAGGCAACGCUAAAUUGGCCGGCUUCGAUAAGGACCUUGGACUUGUGGGCUAUGAUUACAAUGCGGUGCUCUCGAUAUUCUUUGUCGCGUAUAUUGCCUUUGAGAUCCCCAGUAAUGUCGUGUGCAAAAUAGUCGGGCCAGGAUGGUGGCUCCCAGCAAUCACAUUGGGAUUUGGUAUCUGUUCGGUCGCCACAGCUUUUGUCAAUGAUAUGCCCGCCGCAGCUGGCGUCCGCUUCCUUUUGGGCGCGUUUGAGGCCGGUCUAAUGCCUGGAAUCGCAUACUACCUCUCACGUUGGUAUCGACGAAGUGAACUUGUCUUCCGUCUGUCGUUAUACAUUGUUAUGGCUCCCCUCGCUGGAGCGUUUGGCGGCCUUCUGGCUUCAGGUAUUCUGUUGCUCGAUAGUUUUGGUUCUCUCCACAGCUGGCGAAUGAUCUUCGCGAUUGAAGGCAUCGUGACAAUUGGAAUUGCUGUCAUCGCAUUCUUCACAUUGACUGACCGACCCGAGACAGCGAAGUGGCUCUCCCAGGAAGAGAAAGAUCUAGCAAUUGCCCGUGUUAAAUCUGAACGUAUUGGCACGACGGAGGUUCUUGACAAGCUCGAUAUGCCUAAGACACUACGUGGUAUCUUCAGCCCAGUCACCUUCGUAACCGCGUUUAUCUUCGGGAUGAACAACAUUACUGUUCAGGGUCUUGGAUUCUUUGCGCCUACCAUUGUUAGAACCAUCUACCCUGACGCCAGUGUGGUGUCUCAACAGCUGCACACAGUACCCCCUUAUGUCGUCGGGGGAUUUUUCACCUUGUUAUUCCCCUUCCUCAGCUGGCGAUUCAAUCAUCGCCUCUUCUUCUUCGUUAUCAGCCCGCCGCUAGUGAUGAUUGCAAAUGUGAUCUCCGAUACCGCGAAGUCUUCGGCUAUUGGAACCACGAUCAUGUUCGGAAAUAUCGGUGGGCUGAUCAGCACCUGGUCAUUCCUGCCCUUUGAUGGGCCCAACUACCCGAUUGGUAAUGGACUCAACUUGGCAACUUCAACUACGAGUCUAAUCCUUGGAGGCAGCCUAUGGGCCUAUCUCGUAUGGGACAAUCGGCGCCGCGCACGUGUCGAUGUCCACGGCGCCCUAGCGGGACUAUCACAGAAACAGAUUCAGGAUCUGGAUUGGCGCAAUCCUGCGUUCCGCUGGGAGCCAUAG